AUGGAUGUCCUGAAGAUCUUCUUGCCUUGCUGUCUCGGUGCAAGCCACGACGAACUCAUCAACGACAUCGCUGAUCCUGUCGCAGAGAAGUUCACCACAUACACCGACAUGCCCUCCGUUGUCGAAGUCCAGUCCGCAGUCGAGAGUACCAGCAACAAGCUUCUUCACUUCAUCACUACGACCGACACAUUCAACACACCUGCUUACAAUGUGCAGAUCCAAGACAUCAUCAAGGCCAAUCAACCCAUCACCGUCCAAUCAUCCUGGUGGAUCCAGGCGGUCCUCAAAACACUCCACAAGGCCAUGACGGAGCUAGUCAAAAAGGUCGAAAACCACAGUCAGGAACUCAGCCCUGCGAUGCACAAGCUCUUCAUUGAAGCCGAAACUCUCGCUCAAGAGUUUACGAGGUUCACGACUAAUUACCCUGACUCUACCUUCUUCAUCGAGACUGUUGCGCUGGCUCUCUUGAUUGAAGUGUUGGCCCCUGUCCUGCUUGAGGCCCUUGGCUUUGGUAUCGAAGGUGUCAUCGGAGGCAGUCUCGCGGCUAGCUUCCAGAGCCUAUAUCCUGAUGUUCCCUAUGGCUCACUGUUUUCCAAGCUGCAGAGCUUCGCCGCCAGAUAUGGGAAAAGUCUGGUCAAGCACUGA